UCAAAACUUCCCACAUAACACAAACCAAAAUGGGACUUCUUCAACAUCCCUUGUGUUGCAACUCACAGCAACAACAACCACAAAAUCAAAGAUCCUAUGAACACUUCCAUUCAGAACCAUCAACCUCUUCUUCUCUCCAUUCACAGCCAAGUCUUCCUUCAGUCCCUUCACUAAGUUCCCUCACCCCACAACAACCGCACAACCCCCAACAACAACAACCUCAAACCACCGUCAAAAUCCACUCCUCCCCGAUCUCCUCCCUCGUCCUCCACGGCAAACUCCUCUACAGCGCCGCCUCCAGCGGCGAGGUCAAAACAUGCAGCAGAGACCCUUUCACCCUCCAAACCGACAUCAACACCAACACCAACACCAAUACCAACGUUGUCGUCGUUGCAACCACCAACGCGCCCAUCAAGUCUCUCAUCGUAUACCACGACACGCUCUUCACCGCACAUCAAGACCACAAAAUCCGAGUCUGGAAAGCCGACCAACCCACCAAGUGCAUCGCCACGCUUCCCACGCUCCACGACCGUGUCUCCAAGCUAUUCUCCUCCAAGAACUACGUCGAGGUGCGCCGCCACAAGAAACGCACGUGGGUGCAUCACGUGGACGCCGUUUCCACCCUCGCGCUCUCCCACGACGGCUCCCUCCUCUACUCCGCUUCCUGGGACAGGACGUUCAAAAUCUGGCGAACCUCGGACUUCAAAUGUCUGGAGUCCGUGCAAAACGCGCACGAGGACGCGAUUAACUCCUUGGUUUUGUCGAAUGACGGCGCCGUCUACACGGGCUCCGCCGACACAAAGAUAAAGAUGUGGAAGAAGCGUGAGGGUGAGAAAAAGCAUUCGCUCGUGGGGACGUUAGAGAAGCACAAAUCCGCAGUUAACGCCCUGGCGCUUAGCGAAGAUGGGUCGGUGCUGUAUUCUGGCGCGUGUGACAGAUCAAUUUUGGUGUGGGAAAGUGAUGAUAAUAAUAUGGUGGUGGUGGGGGCUUUAAGGGGACACACGAAGGCGAUACUGUGUUUGGUGGUGAUGGCGGAUUUGGUGUGUAGUGGAUCAGCUGAUAACAGUGUUAGGGUAUGGAGGAAAGAGAUUGGAAAGGGUUAUUCGUGUUUGGCGGUGUUGGAAGGUCAUCGACGACCCGUGAAGUGUUUAGCUAUGGCUGUUGACUCCAACACUGGUGGUGGUCCUCAUGAAGAUGAUAGGUCUUAUCUGGUUUACAGUGCAGGUUUGGACUGUGACAUUAAAGUGUGGCAAAUACGCGUUCCUUUGUUGUCACUGUAAUUCUUUUUCUUACUACAGUACCAGUAUUCUUUUUCUUUUCUUACUCUUACAAUGGAUUUUUUGUAAAUAGGAUGAGAAUUUUCCUUUAAUUCUCGUGUAUGUGUGAGUUUGGGUUGACUUAUUUUCCACCUCAAAUAUAGUGCAUUUAUUACUGCUUUGACUCAAAAACUAAGAUUUAUAGAUAGAUUCACACAAAUGUAUCUGUUUUCUUUUGU